AUGUCAAAGCCGUUCAAACCAGCAUUGCUUGUAAUCGAUUUUCAGGAAGAUUUCUGUCCUCCAAACGGCUCUCUCGCAGUUGGAGAAGGACGAACACUCGCACCUGUUAUCAACGAUCUCCUAGACCUCCCAUUCGCACUCAAAGUCGCCACAAAAGACUUUCACCCCCCAAACCACGUCUCUUUUGCCGUCAACCAUGAUCCACCGGAUAACGUGCCCUUCACCUCAUAUACCACGAUCCACAACCCAUACAACCACGACGAAAUCGACGUAUCGCGGCUUUGGCCGGUGCAUUGUGUAGAGGGAACGCAAGGGUCUGAACUGAUUCCUGAGUUUAACGUUACGAAGAUCGAUAAAGUGAUCAAUAAGGGAACGGACACGAGGGUGGAGAUGUAUUCGGCUUUUGAGGCGCCGUUCCGAAAUCCGGUCGUACCAGAGGCUAGUAGUGGUCUGGCGCAGUUGUUGAAGAAUGAAGAGAUUACGGAUGUGUAUGUAGUCGGGUUGGCGAUGGAGUAUUGUGUCAAGUCGACUGCGAUUGAUGCGAGUCAAGAUGGGUUUAGGGCGUUUGUUGUUAGGGAGGCAACGAAGGCUGUUGAUCCUGGUGAAGCGGGAUGGGGAGCGGCGGAGAAGAAGUUGGCUGGGCUAGGGAUUCCGUUGGUUAGUGUGGAUGGUGAAGAGGUGAAGAGAGUGAAGGAUUUGGUGCGAUGA